AUGUGUUUAAGUUCAAAGAUGAAUAUAAGGCAAGAGUAGCAGUUCGCAAGACGAGAGGUUAUCCUGCAAACUACGUCACUGAUUUUGUGAAGGACCAUAAGAAGAAAAUGCUUGCAUUCGCCCAGGAGUUGCGUGUUCGUAACCCUGCGAGUAUUGCAUGGAAGAAGUGGUCCGAGGAGAGGGAAAAGGAGAUAGAGGAGUACCGUGCAAGCAAGGCUGAAGAGCAUGCAAGGAAGGCUGCGGAGGAGGCUGAGCGAGUUGAGAUGCAAUGCUUGAACGAUACUAUUGCCUCAUUAUGUGCUAAGAUUGGAUGCACCGGAAACUGGCAAGCAGAUGUGGGCCGUGCUAAGUACGCGGAGAAUAUGAUAUUAGGGCGGGACGGUGCAGUUGGUGGCACUGCUAGCCGUCCGAUUGUGGUCGAAGAGGAGGCCGAGGCGGAGGAAGACGACGACACCGGAAGGAUAGGCGACCUCAUUCGUCUUGCCGAGGAAUUGGGGUACCCUCAGGAGGAGCAUGACUAUGAAAUGGGAAGGAUAGGCGACCUACUUCGUCUUGCAGAGGAGGGUGAGGCGUCAGGGCCGAUGCCUGUCGGUGCCUCAGAGGAGGGUGAGGCUGCAUACCACAACCAGAAGACAUCGGUCUACGACUCAUGGUGGCCAACAGACAUGACCGAGGAAGAGGGACAGUUAUACUCUCAGGCGGCAGAAGAGGCGGAGGCAGCUUACUACGAGAGACAGGCUAGUGAGGCCAAGGCAGCGGAGGCGAGCAUGGGUAAGGAGGCUGUAGUGGACGAUUGGGAGUCCGAGGACGAGUUGCUUACGCAGUGGUGCACGCAGUUUGAUUGAUGUGGUAAUGUAUGUGAGUGGCUUAGGGAUGAGACUUUUGUACUAUGAAACUUGUCAUGUAAUAAUUUGUACUCCGACGUAUUUCAA